AUGGAGGCGUUGCUCUGCUCCGAGAUACCCAACAACAUCAGAUCUUCCAUUAACGAUCUCUCCUCUUCUUCUUCUUCAUAUACAUGGCCUAUCAUGACCUCCUCUUCUUCAUCGAUGGAGGAGAUUCCUAGAUGCGACUGGGAUCUUUCUCUCUCAGCCGUCAUUUCUUCCGCACCCACCGGAUCCGACGCCAUCGGAGCAAUCGAGUUCGACCCGACUGGAGAGAUCUUAGCCACGGGAGGCAUCGCGAGGAAGAUCCGAUCGUACCGUUUAAGCUCUUUGUUAGGGUCGCAUGAUGAUCACGUGACUACUUCCGAGAGCUGUAUCUGCACGCCGGCUAAGCUAAGUAGCCUCAAAUGGAGACCCGAUUUAGCCGGUCGGGUUAUCGGGUCGGGAGAUUACGACGGAGUGGUCACCGAGUACGACGUGGAGAAGCAAGUGCCUGUUUUCGAGCGAGACGAGCAUGGAGGCAGAAGGAUCUGGAGCGUGGACUACACGCUCUUCAAUGGAUCCACCGUUGGGGUGUCGGGCUCCGACGACGGAACGGUUCAAAUGUGGGACCCACGAGCCGGAGGUUUGGAGGAAACCUUUAGGCCUGGAGGUGGAGCGGCGGUAUGUUCCGUAGAGUUUGAUCCGUUCGGUGGACCUUCUUUAGCCGUCGGUUCUGCUGACCGGAAUGCUUACGUGUACGACAUCAGAAGACCCGUUGAUCCGAUCGUUGUAUUGGACGGUCAUAGCAAAACGGUGACGUAUGCUCGGUUCAUGGAUCCUCACACGAUCGUUACGGGUUCGACCGACGGGAGCUUGAAGCUGUGGGAUAUAGCAAACGGACGGGGAGUGGUUCGCACGUACAGAGGGCAUGUGAACAGCCGGAACUUUGUCGGGUUGUCGGUUUGGAGACACGGUGGUUUGGUCGUGUCCGGGUCGGAGAAUAACGAAGUGUUUGUGUACGACAAGAGGUGGGGAGAACCGGUUUGGGUGCGUGGGUUGGGUCAAGUGGACCGGUUCGGAUCUGACCGGAUGUUCGUGAGCUGUGUGUGUUGGAGACAAGUGGAUGAAGACUGGUGCACGCUUGUGGCCGGAGGAUCCGAUGGGGUUCUACAGAUUUUAUCGGGCAAACGGAGCUAA